AUCGCUGAUUCUCCCUUUCUCCCGCUCCUCUCCCGCCCCGAGUUCGCCAUCUUCGACUUUGCCCCAGGCGAGACACACAGAAUCUCUUCCCCGGACGCACUUGCCACAGCCCGCCGCCUCCUCCAAGUUCUCACGGUGCACUGCCUCGACGAGCUAGGCUUCGACGCCUCUGAUUCUCGCACACACGACGCCCCGCUCCAUUCCGACCUCGCGGCAUGGUGCUCCGAGCACGCGCUCCCCCUCUGCGGCGGCGAGGCGCUGUUCCAGUACAUCUGGGAGGUGCCGCUGCAUCUGAGGCCGCCGCCGCCGCCGCCGUCUCCUCCUCCCGAGCAGGGAAGCGGAAGUGACGAGCACAGCUAUCACGGAUGUUGCCCUGCUGGAUCCCCGCGCUGGCAUCGCGGCCUGUCGGCCGGGUCGGCGGCCUAUAUCGCGCCCGUGUUCCACGGCGUGCCGUUCGACUAUUGGGUUACCGCUCUGGAUUCGCUCCUGCGUUUUACUGAGCUGGGGAACGACCUCAUGUCCUUCUCUAAGGAGAUCCUGGGCUCUGUCCCUCUAGACAAAAAGGGAAAGGAAACAGGGGAAGGAAGAGGAAUGGAGAUCAACUAUAUCACGCUCCAAACCCUGGCGCGUCGCCAGGCUGGGACGCCGUCGCUGUUUGGGCUAGCGGCGGACAGGAAUCUCUACACGUACCGGGAUGGGCUCUGCGAGCUGAUGGACGAGCUGGUGCAAGUUGUGCGCGAGGUUAACAGGGCGUUUGUGGAGUAUCCGAGGUAUUGUAGCGAAGAGCAGCGGAGUCUAUGGGACAUGGACCAGGCAGCCCGGGCGUGGACGACAUAUAAGAACGGGUAUAUAAGGAUGCAUCUUGACGCUCCACGGUACAGCUUGGAGGGUUUGAAGGCGGCCGUCCGUGAUAGAGACGCAUGGGUGAGAUUGAAGGGUGAGAUCGAAGGGUGA